UACUUGACAAUGGCAAGAUGCAAAAGUUUAGCCGGAGAUCGACGCUUUGUUUAGCGUUUUAUUUUGUGUGUCGUGAGUAAUUUUUGUGAAUUAAAUUCAUCAGACAUUUAAAACAAGUGUAAUUUCUAUCGUAACUAAUUACGUAUUCGGUUAUUCACCUUUAUAUCGUGUUUUCCAACGUAUCCCAACUGCUGUUUACUCGAAUCGUGAAACAUGGAGAACGGAACCAACGACAACGAGAACGAUAAUAAAUCGAACAUUCGUGCUGAAAAUAAUGGAAACGAAGGCGGCGAAAGUAACAUUAAAACCGAAGGCGGCGACGAUGGCCUGGACGAUUGUAUUGUAAAAAUGAGAGGCCUACCAUGGUCGGCCACUGUAGAAGAUAUUCUUUCCUUUCUAGGUGAAUGCAGCGUGAAAGGUGGUAAAGAUGGAAUUCAUCUGACCAUGUCACCUUUAGGUCGUCCUAGUGGUGAAGCGUAUAUCGAGUUGGACACUCCCGACGAUGCCGCUAAAGCGCUGAAAAAAGAUAGACAACACAUGGGUCAUAGAUACAUCGAAGUAUUUCGUACCAGUCGUUCCGAGAUGGAUUGGGUGGUAUCUCGUUGUGGUAUGAACAUGGAGAAUGUAAUGGACGAAGGAUGCAUUCGUAUGCGUGGAUUACCUUAUGGAUGCACCAAAGAGGAAGUAGCUUCUUUCUUCUCAGGACUGACAAUAGUGCCGAAUGGAAUUACCUUCGCUACAGAUUACACUGGGCGUGCGACGGGGGAGGCUUAUGUUCAAUUUGUAAACAAAGAAAAUGUAGAAAAAGCUCUGAAGAAACACAUGGAAAAGAUAGGACACAGAUACAUUGAAAUAUUUAGAAGUAGUUUAGCUGAAAUACAUUCCCAAACCGGACCCAAGAUGCGUUCUUCAUUAUCGGGUGGUCUCGGUAGAUCGACACCAUAUGACCGAAAUGAACGAUUUGGAGGACCAAAUCGUCUUGGAGGAGGUGGUGGCGGCGGUGGUGGUGGCAGCGGCGGCGGCAACGGCGGUGGUCCACCAUCUAUGAAUCGUUUAUCAAGAUUUCGAGGAGAUGCCGAAUGGGACGAUUACGGUGACGGAUACUGGAAUCGUGGCGGUCCCGGUCCAGUAGGUCGAGCUAAACCACCUUUAAGAGGAGGCGGCGGUGGCGGCGGCGGUGGCGGAUAUGAAGACGAAGAGUAUAUGGACGGCCCUCGCCAUUUCGUUCAUAUGAGAGGUCUUCCUUAUAAAGCAAUCGAAGAUGAUAUUGCGAUGUUUUUCAGACCUUUGGAGCCCGUCGAUAUCAGAAUAUUAUUCGAUAAAACUGAAAGACCGUCGGGUGAAGCGGUUGUUGAAUUCGCCAGCCACGAAGAAGCUGUCGAAGCAAUGAGCAAAGACAAAGAACACAUUCAGAGUCGUUACAUCGAACUGUUCUUGGAUUCUGUUCCCGAUUAUAAGGGAGAUUUUCCUCGAUCUGGGCCAGGUCUGCGACCCAGUAUUCCACGUACUAGAGGAGCUCCUUUCGCCGGUGGUGGUGGUGGUGGUGGCGGUAGCGGCGGAGAUCGAAUGCGAGGAUCUGGUUUUAGUGGAAAUUCGACAAGAGGAGGCGGCCAAGGAACAAAACCAUUUAUGUCAACUGGAGGUGGAGGUUUCCGCAAUAGUAAUUGGUGAAGAUGUACGUAAUAAAUACAGAAACGAAUUUUUAUUCAGUUCGCAUUUUCUAAUUUUAUAUUGUAUUAUUAUUUCGUACACGUAAUGUUAAAAUCUGAAAGACAUGAUGUAUAUAUUCGUAAUAAAUUAAUUUUUCUCUUUUAAAA